AGAGACCCGGGGCCGGAGGGGCAGGUUACACCGCCGCUUCUGCGCCGCCAUGGCGGGCUCGAGCUCUGCCCCGGCUGUGCCCGUGUGGCUCGCCGAGGAUGACCUCUGCUGCAUCAUCUGCCAGGGGUUGCUGGCCUGGCCCGUCACGUUGCCCUGCGGCCACAGCUUCUGCAAGAACUGCCUGACAGACCUGUGGGAUAAGCGCGAGGAGCGAACGCGGAGCCGCUGGUGCUGUCCUACCUGCCGGGAGGCCCUGGAGCAGCGGCCGGCAUUGUGCAAGAACACGCUGCUGCAGGACCUGGUGGACAAGUACAGCAGUGCGGCGUGUGAGCUGGAGGACGGGGGCCCCGCGCCCGCUGCCAGCCCGACCCCCAAGUCCUGGCGCAGCGCAGCCUCACCGCGGGUGGUGACCCCAAGGAACCUUGCAGCAGUGGGUGAGGAGCUGGUGGAGCUGGUGGAACAGCUGGUGGACACUGUCAGGAGCCUUCAAAGUCACCUACCCACCUUGGAACUUGGACCAGACCCAGAACUGAGCACCCUGGCCGAGGACUUUUCUUCUGGGGUAGACCUUCCUUUGGCUUCAGGAAAGCAAGUGACUUCCAGUGCACCUGAGGGAAAAAUGAGCAACAUUCUUCGUAACCUGGGAGAAAUUCAGGAAAAAUUACGAGAAAACUUCAUGCGGAAAGAGGCUGCUGAAGAACAGAUGUGUGGUUCCUCAGCGGAAGACCCGGCAGCUCCAUCUCCCUUCUCAUGCCCAACACCUGAUCAGAACUGUCCUGCAUCCAACAGGGUCUCUCGGUUUGCUCAGUGGGCCAUCAGCCCAACCUUUGAUCUGCGGAGCGCCUCCCUGUAUCUGCAGGUAUCUGAGGACCAGCGGACAGUGACUGUGUCUCGCCACCCACUCUCUUAUUCCUGGAGUUGUGAGAGGUUUUCUGUCAGUCAGAUCUUUUGCUCCCAGGCCCUGUCCUUGGGGCGACAGUACUGGGAGGUGGACACAAACUCCUGUAGCCACUGGGCCGUUGGGGUGGCUUCUUGGGAGAUGAACCGUGGCCAGAUCCUGGGAAGGACCAAGGACUCAUGGUGUCUAGAGUGGAAGGGGACUGGCCAGCUGGCCGUGUGGAGCAUGAACAAGGAGACGCUCCUGGGCUCAGACAGGCCUGGAGUGGUGGGCAUCUGGCUAGACCUUGACGAGAGGAAGCUUGCCUUCUAUGCAGUGGCCAGUGAGGAGAGGCUCAUGUAUGAAUGUGAGGUCCCCGGGUCCUGCCCUCUGUACCCUGCCUUCUGGCUGUAUGGCCUACAGAUGGGAAAUUCCCUUACCAUAAAAUAAGGGAAGCUAUAACAGUUCCUUGGUGCUCCAAACACAGUGGUUUCCUGGUCUUAUUGCCUCUAAGCAUGGUGGCAACUUAAAAAUCUCACUUUCUGGGUGAUCGUUGUGAUGUGCGGAAGUAAGCCACCCCUGGGAAUACAUGCGUAUACUCUGUGUUGGAGUGCCUAAGUUUAAAUCUUAUCUCUGCUUCCAAUUCAAUUUCCUAUUGAUGCAGACCCUGGGAGCAGCAAGAGAUGACUUAAGUCCUUGUCCCUGCCAGCCAGGUGGAGACCUGCAUGGAGUUUCUGACUCCUGGCUUCACUCCAGCCGAUAGCCUUGGCUGUUAAUGGGUAAUUGGGGAAUGACCCAGAGGC